UCAAGCUGGGUCAGAGAGCAGGGCUGACUGCCAGUGCCUGCAUCAGCCUCAUCGCUCUCCUGGGCUCCUGGCCUGCUGGACUCUGGGCUGCAGGUCCUUCUUGAAAGGCUGUGAGUAGUGAGACAAGGAGCAGGAGUGAGGGGUGGCAGGAGAGAAGAUAGAGAUUGAGAGAAAGAGAGAGAGAGAGAGACAGAGAGAGAGGAAGAGACAGAGACAAAAGGAGAGAGAACGGCUUAGACAAGGAGAGAAAGAUGGAAAGAUAAAGAGACUGGGCGCAGUGGCUCACGCCUGUAAUCCCAACACUUGGGGAGGCCAAGGUGGGAGGAUGGCUUGAGGGAAAGAGUCUGAGAUCAACCUGGCCAACAUAGUGAGACCCUGUCUCUAAAAAAAAAAAGAAAAAAAGUUUUUUUAAAGAGACAGAGAAAGAGACUCAGAGAUUGAGACUGAGAGCAAGACAGAGAUAGACACUCACAGGGAAGAGGGGAAGAGGAAAACGAGAAAGGGAGGAGAGUAACGGAAAGAGAGAUAAAAAAGAAAAGCAGGUGGCAGAGACACAGAGAGAGGGACCCAGAGAAAGCCAGACAGACGCAGGUGGCUGGCAGCGGGCGCUGGGGGGGUCACAGUAGGGGGACCUGUGAUGGCCCUGGGGACGACGCUCAGGGCUUCUCUUCUGCUCCUGGGGCUGCUGACUGAAGGCCUGGCGCAGUUGGCGAUUCCUGCCUCCGUUCCCCGGGGCUUCUGGGCCCUGCCCGAAAACCUGACAGUGGUGGAGGGGGCCUCAGUGGAGCUGCGUUGUGGGGUCAGCACCCCUGGCAGUGCGGUGCAAUGGGCCAAAGAUGGGCUGCUCCUGGGCCCCGACCCCAGGAUCCCAGGCUUCCCGAGGUACCGCCUGGAAGGGGACCCUGCUAGAGGUGAAUUCCACCUGCACAUCGAGGCCUGUGACCUCAGCGAUGACGCGGAGUAUGAGUGCCAGGUCGGCCGCUCUGAGACGGGGCCCGAGCUCGUGUCUCCCAGAGUGAUCCUCUCCAUCCUGGUUCCUCCCAAGCUGCUCCUGCUGACCCCAGAGGCAGGCACCAUGGUCACCUGGGUAGCUGGGCAGGAGUACGUGGUCAGCUGUGUGUCUGGGGACGCGAAGCCAGCACCUGACAUCACCAUUCUCCUGAGUGGACAGACAAUAUCCGACAUCUCUGCAAACGUGAACGAGGGCUCCCAGCAGAAACUCUUCACUGUGGAGGCCACAGCCAGGGUGACACCCCGGAGCUCGGAUAAUAGGCAGUUGCUGGUCUGUGAGGCGUCUAGCCCAGCACUGGAGGCCCCCAUCAAGGCCUCAUUCACCGUGAAUGUUCUGUUCCCUCCAGGACCCCCUGUCAUCGAGUGGCCAGGCCUGGAUGAGGGGCACGUGCGAGCAGGACAGAGCUUGGAGCUGCCGUGUGUGGCCCGAGGGGGGAAUCCCUUAGCCACACUGCAGUGGCUGAAGAAUGGCCAGCCGGUGUCCACAGCGUGGGGCACAGAGCACACCCAGGCAGUGGCCCGCAGUGUGCUGGUGAUGACCGUGAGGCCAGAAGACCAUGGAGCGCAGCUCAGCUGCGAGGCCCACAACAGUGUGUCUGCAGGGACCCAGGAGCACGGCAUCACACUGCAGGUCACCUUUCCCCCUAGUGCCAUUAUUAUCUUGGGAUCUGCAUCCCAGACUGAGAACAAGAACGUGACACUCUCCUGUGUCAGCAAGUCCAGUCGCCCGCGGGUCCUGCUACGAUGGUGGCUGGGCUGGCGGCAGCUGCUGCCCAUGGAGGAGACAGUCAUGGAUGGACUGCAUGGCGGUCACAUCUCCAUGUCCAACCUGACAUUCCUGGCGCGGCGGGAGGACAACGGUCUGACCCUCACGUGUGAGGCCUUCAGUGAAGCCUUCACCAAGGAGACCUUCAAGAAGUCGCUCAUCCUGAACGUAAAAUAUCCCGCCCAGAAACUGUGGAUUGAGGGUCCCCCAGAGGGGCAGAAGCUCCGGGCUGGGACCCGGGUGAGGCUGGUGUGUUUGGCUAUCGGGGGCAACCCAGAGCCCUCCCUCAUGUGGUACAAGGACUCGCGCACCGUGACCGAGUCGCGGCUGCCGCAGGAGUCGCGGCGCGUGCAUCUCGGCAGCGUGGAGAAAUCUGGGAGCACCUUCUCCCGAGAGCUGGUGCUGGUCACAGGGCCGUCGGACAACCAGGCCAAGUUCACGUGCAAGGCUGGACAGCUCAGCGCGUCCACGCAGCUGGCGGUGCAGUUUCCCCCAACUAACGUGACGAUCCUGGCCAACGCAUCCGCACUGCGCCCGGGGGACGCCUUAAACUUGACAUGCGUCAGCGUCAGCAGCAAUCCGCCGGUCAACUUGUCCUGGGAUAAGGAAGGGGAGAGGCUGGAGGGCGUGGCCGCCCCACCCCGGAGAGCCCCAUUCAAAGGCUCCGCCGCUGCCAGGAGCGUCCUUCUGCAAGUGUCAUCCCGCGAUCAUGGCCAACGCGUGACCUGCCGCGCCCACAGCGCCGAGCUCCGCGAAACCGUGAGCUCCUUCUAUCGCCUCAACGUGCUGUACCGUCCAGAGUUCCUGGGGGAGCAGGUGCUGGUGGUGACCGCGGUGGAGCAGGGCGAGGCGUUGCUGCCCGUGUCCGUGUCCGCUAACCCCGCCCCCGAGGCCUUCAACUGGACCUUCCGCGGCUAUCGCCUCAGUCCAGCGGGCGGCCCCCGGCAUCGCAUCCUGUCCAGCGGGGCUCUGCAUCUGUGGAAUGUGACCCGCGCGGACGACGGCCUCUAUCAGCUGCACUGCCAGAACUCCGAGGGCACCGCGGAAGCGCUGCUGCGGCUGGACGUGCACUAUGCUCCCACCAUCCGUGCCCUCCAGGACCCCACUGAGGUGAACGUCGGGGGUUCUGUGGACAUAGUCUGCACUGUUGAUGCCAAUCCCAUCCUCCCAGGCAUGUUCAGCUGGGAGAGACUGGGAGAAGAUGAGGAGGACCAGAGCCUGGAUGACAUGGAGAAGAUAUCCAGGGGACCCACAGGGCGCCUGCGGAUUCACCAUGCCAAACUGGCCCAGGCUGGCGCUUACCAGUGCAUUGUGGACAAUGGGGUGGCGCCUCCAGCACGACGGCUGGUCCGUCUUGUUGUCAGAUUUGCCCCCCAGGUGGAGCACCCCACUCCCCUAACUAAGGUGGCUGCAGCUGGAGACAGCACCAGUUCUGCCACCCUCCACUGCCGUGCCCGAGGUGUCCCCAACAUCGUUUUCACUUGGACAAAAAACGGGAUCCCUCUGGAUCUCCAAGAUCCCAGGUACACGGAGCACAUAUACCACCAGGGUGGUGUCCACAGCAGCCUCCUGACCAUUGCCAACGUGUCUGCCGCCCAGGAUUACGCCCUCUUCACAUGUACAGCCACCAACGCCCUUGGCUCGGACCAAACCAACAUUCAACUUGUCAGCAUCAGCCGCCCUGACCCUCCAUCAGGAUUAAAGGUUGUGAGUCUGACCCCACACUCCGUGGGGCUGGAGUGGAAGCCUGGCUUUGAUGGGGGCCUGCCACAGAGGUUCUGCAUCAGGUAUGAGGCCCUGGGGACUCCAGGGUUCCACUAUGUGGAUGUCCUACCACCCCAGGCCACCACCUUCACGCUGACUGGUCUACAGCCUUCUACAAGAUACAGGGUCUGGCUGCUGGCCAGUAAUGCCUUGGGGGACAGUGGACUGGCUGACAAAGGGACCCAGCUUCCCAUCACUACCCCAGGUCUCGACCAGCCUUCUGGAGAACCUGAAGACCAGCUGCCCACAGAGCCACCUUCAGGACCCUCGGGGCUGCCCCUGCUGCCUGUGCUGUUCGCUCUUGGGGGGCUUCUGCUCCUCUCCAAUGCCUCCUGUGUCGGGGGGGUCCUCUGGCAGCGGAGACUCAGGCGUCUUGCUGAGGGCAUCUCAGAGAAGACAGAGGCAGGGUCAGAAGAGGACCGAGUCAGGAACGAAUAUGAAGAGAGCCAGUGGACGGGAGAGCGGGACACUCGGAGCUCCACGGUCAGCACAACAGAGGCAGAGCCGUAUUACCGCUCCCUGAGGGACUUCAGCCCCCAGCUGCCCCCGACGCAGGAGGAGGUGUCUUAUUCCCGAGGUUUCACAGGUGAAGAUGAGGAUAUGGCCUUCCCUGGGCACUUGUAUGAUGAGGUAGAAAGAACGUACCCCCCAUCUGGAGCCUGGGGACCCCUCUACGAUGAAGUGCAGAUGGGCCCCAGGGACCUCCGCUGGCCUGAAGACACAUAUCAGGAUCCAAGAGGAAUCUAUGACCAGGUGGCGGGAGACUUGGACACUCUGGAACCCGAUUCUCUGCCCUUCGAGCUGAGGGGACAUCUGGUGUGAGAGCCCUCUCAACCCCCUUGUCCUGCACCUGCAGGAAUUUACACUCCACUGGUCCCUCUCAUUACAGCUUGGGCUGAGCUGGUUAGGUGAGCUCCAUUAAAACCCAAAGGGACUUGGUGUCAGGGGAGGACAUGGAGGGGGCUGAGUGACAGAAGACGGUUCAGCUGGUACCAGAGUAGAAACAAGGUGCAUCCUGGGGUUGGCUUUAGAAACUAAACUUCUCCAAAAGGACAGGGCAGAUUGUAAAUGUCGUCUCAAAAAUGAAAUGCUGCCGGGUGCGGUGGCUCAUGCCUAUAAUCUCAGCACUUUGCGAGGCUGAGGCGGGUGGAUCACCUGAGGUCAGGAGUUCGAGACCAGCCUGGCCAACAUGGUAAAACUACAUUUCUACUAAAAAUAUAAAAAAUUAGCCAGGAGUAGUGGCAUAUGCCUGUAGUCCCAGCUACUUGGGAGGCUGAUGCAUGAGAAUCGCUUGAACCCAGGAGGCGGAGGUUGCAGUGAGCUGAGAUCACGCCACUGCACUCCAGCCUGGGCGACAGAGCGAGAUUCUGUCUCGAAAAAUAAAAAUAAAAUAAAAAUAAAAAGUAAAAUGCUAUUCUGAGGGUCCCUAAGUGCUUCAUGAAGUAAAGUUUUCAGAAGUGGGGAAAGACAUAUUAAAAACUCUGUUCAUUUUGCAUUCCAUGACGUCUGAAAUAGCUAAUAAUAAGUGGAAUUUAUGAACCCAUGUUGUAUCCUACCUAUUAUUUUAUUAUUUCCGACAGUUAUCUAACACAGGAGGCAUAAACUAUGACACAUGUAAACAUAAGUAUGCUCUAUAAGCAUUAAAAUAAACAGACAAUCAAAAGAAGCUAGAGGAAAAGAAUAUGUACUGUGUGUGUGCUUUCGUUUAUAGAAAUUCUAAAAUAGGCAAAACCAAUCUACGGUGGCAGAGAGCACAGCAGAGGUUUCCUGGGGCCAUGAGAGGAGGGUUGACUGCAAAAAGGCAUGGGAGAACUUUCUGAGGUGUUGGAAAUAUUCUAUAUAACGAUUGUGGUGGUGGUUGCACGGGCGCACAGAUUUGUCAAAACUCAUUGAACUUUACACUUAAGA